CCGGCACAGUUUCUCCGUAACUCACUGGCACUUCCGGUGGAGAUGUCCAUGGUGGAGAGAAAACUGUCAGGACAAAAACGUGAUAGUCAGUUUAGAGUGUUUUCCAAACACUGGUUCGUCUUAAUACUUUUCAGUGCUGUGGAUAUGGAGGGAAUGAAGCUGCAUUAGGUUUUCUUCACUCCACGUUAAGUUGUGUUUGCAGCACGGUCUUGUUUAUCCGUCAGUAGGUUGUAACCUUGGAGUGUAUGAGUGUGGUUUUUGUAACAAGGUGUCGUUAACAGAAACCUUACUUAAAAAAAAUAACAUGUUAGGGUUGUGUCGCAGGUUGGGCUCCUUUCCAGUGAAGAUCCUCACAGAAGCCACUCUUUUGUCACCUUCUCCAUGGUUUGUGUCUGCACGCAGCAAAGUCACAAGAUCAAUGAUCCCAAAAGAGCUUUUUGAAGAGAGAUCAAAAGAACAUGAGAAAUAUGGUGGGGAUCCAGACCAACCUCAUAAACUACACAUCGUGACACGAGUGAAAAGUGUGAUGCGGAGGCCGCACUGGGAGAAAAAGAUGGUGAAACACUUGGGGCUUGAAAAGGCACAUGUACCUGUGAUUCACAAAAACACACCUGCAGUCAACCACCAGCUGAAGUUUGUCAAACAUCUUGUAAGGAUCCAGCCGCUGAAGACACCCUAUGGACUCCCUGCUGAAGAGGACAUGGCGGACACCUACAUCAACAGCCAUGGAGAGCUGAUAGUCCGUCGUCUCCUCAAGCCUGUGGAACCGAAAGCUAUCGAAUCCUAGCCCCACUUUCAAUCAGAUAAGUUAACAUGAAAAUCUUGUGCUCCGUAGCUUCCUGUUCUUCCUUUUCAACACUGAGGAAGUGCUUCAAUUUAGUCUGAUGCCUGUUUUGAGUUAUCCGACUUUAGACAGCAGAAGAAUGAGAGGAAAUGCUGUCAUCAAACUCACAACUGUGUCAGCUGAAGUCACUGUGAAGGUGCAUUGGAACAAUUGUGACCUGUUAUCCAUGACAACUCAGUUAAUGUGAUGGUUUGUGUAUUAAACGUGAUGUGUAUAAAUUAAACACUUUUUUGAAAUGAAA